CAACGUGUGUCAGCUGGACCAAAAAACGGGGAUACACCACAUAUGAGAGCAUAGCUUGUGCCUAGGCAAUCUCAACUAUUCACCCAGUGCCAGCGCUGCACCACUAGCCCUCAGCUUGCAGCUUACGCGUGCAGACAUGGGCGAUUUUGCAUCCCCAGAGGCAGGCGGCGAUGCGACGACGCCGCGGCGACGCAACGCCGACGAGGACGCGACGACGCCGCGGCAAGAGCCCCGCGACGUCGCCGCCCCGCCGGCGCGCGCGCGCCGACGACGAACCCACACCUUGAGCCGCUGCGCCUUCCUCCUCAGCUUGCGUGGCUGUAGUGGCGGCUGGGUCGACCCCGACACGCCGAAGCAGCACCUCAAAACGAAGAGCCUAAGACGGCCGGAAGCAGGAGAGUUCGAGCUCAUAUACAGUGACGAGUUCGAGGUAGCAGGCCGCACGUUCGACGACGGGCACGACCCGCGCUGGACGGCCGUCGACAAGAACGACUACACGAACAUGGCCCUGCACUUUUAUAAAAGUAAACACGUCACUACCAGUGGAGGCGCCUUGAACAUCUCGACGAGGUACGAGCCGACGUCGUUCAUGAGCGCGGAGGACAAAAAAGGUUUCGUCGAGAUGCAAAAGCGCACGAAGCCCUACGCGUCGGGCCUAGUACAGGGCUGGGGCAAGUUCUGCUUCACCGGUGGGAUCAUGGAGGUCCGAGCUCGAUUACCCGGUGCCGGCCAUGUGGGGGGAUUGUGGCCCGCGAUGUGGUUACUAGGUGCUCUAGCUAGAGCUACUUAUGUAGGCUCGACAGAUUGGAUGUGGCCCUGGUCCUUCGACAAGUGCGACCGGAGCCUGCAGCCAAAACAAGAAAUUAACGCCUGCGAGCCGAAUCCUCAUUUCGGCCUCCAUUCCAAGGAAGGUAGAGGCGCGCCGGAGAUCGACCUGCUCGAGGCCAUGCCCGGGUCUGGCACGCUAGGUUACGGUCUCAAAAAACCUUACUUCAGUGCAUCGUAUCAGGUGGCGCCGGGCAAGCCGCAUGAUAGACCGAUCGAAGGGAAAAAACCGCGCAAGGGCCAGUGGUACGAGAAGGGUUUGGAAUAUGGCAAGAACGCGACGGUCAACGCCUUCUUCUAUGGGGAAGAACUGAGCCACAAGACGAAAAGAGAUACGUACGUCGCGGACGCGGUGUCGGCCAACCGCCCUAUCACAGACGACCACUUCCAGAACUACCACACGUAUCGGCUCGAGUGGUCGACGACGGAAGGUCAUAAACACCUGUCCUGGUUCCUGGAUGGCGAGAAGGUCUUCCACAUGCCGCCGGAAGCAUUGGAGCUCACAGGAGCCAAGAUGCCCGACGAGCCCAUGCACAUCCUGCUGAACACGGCCGUGAGCAGUACGUGGGGCUUCCCGGCACCUUGCCCGCCGGGCUGCGCGUGCGAAUGCUUCGAUUGUCAAGGAUCACUACCCGACCCGGCCUGCUCGUGCGGCAUGCCCGAGGGUUUAUGUGCGAUGCUGCCGGCCUUCUAUGAGAUCGACUCUGUCAGAGUCUGGCAGCAGGCUGAUGAACCUUCCCAUAAAGUAGGGUGUAGUACGGACACGAGACCUACCGCGAAGUUCAUCGAGGGUCAUAGACAUCGCUACUUCGACCCCUACAACGACGAGACGCAACCAUUGAAACCCCAGGUCCACGGCGGUGGUACUUGUACGAAAGAUAAGGACUGCGGGCGGGCGUCGGCUUGUAAGGACGGUCAAUGUAAGUGCCAGGGCGAGUGGACGGGCCCGCACUGUAGAGCCGCCAAGGCCUUUGACGAUCACGUCUGGGAGCACCCGCCCACGCUCUCCUUCUACGGGCCCGUCGUGCCGGCGUCUUUAUUGAGAUUCGGGGCGCUGCUGGUUGGGGUAUUGGCUUCCGUCUUCGCGCUGCACGUCGCGCAGCGCCAGAAGAAGGACCUUAGUUAGUAUUGCACAUAAAACGUAUCAAUCG